GUGCAAGAAGCGCCAACCAUCGACCACGAUGUGGAAGGAAUGUUUGUUGGUCCGAUUCUUCACAUUUCGUGCUCAAACAAUGUGACGCUGUCAGCGCCAGCGAAAAUCAGCCUCCCGUUGGCACUCACAGACGGUGGAAUAGAGCCAGCGGAACUGCAUUCAGGUCAAGUGAAGAUACUACAUUUCAAUUCGAGAGAGGAAUCACAAGAAUGGACGGAUAUCACAGAUCAUUUGGAUAUGCCUGUAGUUCUUAAAGGUGGAAUAGUGACGUUUCAUGUCAAAACUUUCUGCCGGUUUUGGCCCUGGUUGUUGAAGACGUCCGCCAGCAUUCCAUGGAAAUAUGCCUCGCUCCUAUACGAUGGAAUCAUGAAACAUCAAGCUGGGUUUUUAGCUUGCUUAUGCAAUGAUGUAGUACCCUCGAGAUACGUGUUGAAUAUGUUUUGUUUCCCGUGGCAUUUAAGGUCCAAAGUGAAUAGCGAUAUGUCCUCAACAUAUUGUGUGAAUAUGCAAGGAGAAGGAACCUCGAAGAAACCGCUGUCUAGCGGUGAUGAAACAUGUGUGUCUCUAUCAAAUGGAUUUGAAGUGCAGGGAGCGGGAAAUGUAGAGAAAAUCGUCUUAAAGUUCCACAGUGAGCACCAUGAUCACGAGUUUCUGCGUGUUAGUAUUAAAGACCCGAGUGAUCUGCAAGUCGACUUCCUAAAACUGCUAGGAGGCGAGGAGAGAAAUAAUUUCCCAAUAAUAUGUAAAGUGCCCAUCAUUCCAAGAUCUCCAGCACAGGGUCAUGUUCUUGCCACCUUUGAUCCUGAAGAAGAAAGUAGUACCUAUUCGGUUAAAGAUGGUAAACCGUUAGAUGAGGAGUUGCAAUAUCUGUCCAGGGAACUUGCAGGAAAAUGGAAGACAUUAGGAAGACAUCUGGGAUUCAAAGAAGCUGCAAUAGAUGACUUUGAUCAAGCCAAUAAGGAGCUGGCAGAGAAGGCUUAUAAAAUGUUAAUAGCUUGGAAACAAAAAGUAGGCUGCGAAGCCACUUACAAAGUUUUGUACGAUACCUUGUGUCACAAUUUGGUGGAAUGUAAACUUCUAGCAGAGCAGUAUUGUUGCAAUAAGAUAGUAGGAAAUGCCUCUCCUUAGUCAUAUACUAUAGAGACUGAGUCGUUUCUGUAUUACGUCAAAUAUAUUUGUGAGUACUCCAAAGAGCGUCUGUGUCGAGCAUUCACGCCUAGUAAGUCGUUCGUUUUC